AUGCUAACAGCGGACCAGAGGUUCCUCUACCUGACCGCGAUCUACACGGAGGCGGCGAUUGCCGUGGUUUGCUUGCUGUUCAUCCUCUGCGGAGAUCCGGGGGUGAUUCCCAGAACAGAGGAGAACUGCUUUCCCUUGCCCGCGGAGGUAGCCGAGAAGAUCCGGCGAGGCGAAUCGCUGGAAAGCAUGGAGAACGUGGACGAUGGCGACCGGACGUUUUGCAUCCGAUGCCUUGUUUGGCGGCCGAAGCGGCAAGUUCCUAUGCUGUCGUCGCGAGUGGCUUCCCUUCCCAGAGCACUGCAGCUUUUCUUCCGCCAACUGCCAGGCUGUAAGGAGGGCAGCUGUCAUCACUGCAGGACCUGCAACCGCUGCGUCCGCUACUUCGACCAUCACUGUGGGGUCUUCGGCCGCUGCAUCGCAGGGACGUGCUGCAGCGGCAACAUGCCCUUUUUCCUGCUGAUCAUCUUCAUGUCCUUUGUGGGCACUGGCACCACGCUUGCCUGCCUGGCUACCUCACUGUCCAACCGCAUCGCCAGCCUGCGGGCGACGACAACAGCAGUUCCGGGUGGAUAG